AUCACAGCCUCUGCGAGGUAAAAGGGCAUGUAAAAAAAUAUUUUGGGCAGUAUUUCCUCAUGCCUGCUUCAUUCUAUCUCUUGUGAUCUAUGCUUUUCUUGGGGCUCUCAUGUUUUCCCACAUUGAAGGUAACCGGAAGGUCAAUUUAAGUGAAGAAUAUAGAAAAUUUCUGCAGAAUCUGUGGAACAUCUCCAGAAAUUUGUCAGAUAACAUGACAGAGAAUGAGGAAGUAUUUAAGGAAAAAAUCCAUGCACUGCUCAACACAGCUGAACGAGACUGGUUUGUCAAUCCAAAAGAUAUAUGGACAUUUUUUGGGUCUCUCUUUUUCUGCUGCACAGUCUUCACAACUGUGGGUUAUGGUAAUACCUAUCCUGUGACACGGAUUGGAAAAUAUCUCUGUAUGUUGUAUGCUUUAUUCGGUAUCCCUCUGAUGUUUUUGGUCCUGACAGACAUGGGAGACAUCCUUGCCACUGUCUUAUCCAAGUCUUACAAUGAAUUCAGAAAACUACAGUCAAAAAUUCUAGCCUCUAAACUCUGUUCUGGAUCUGCAUGUAACAAAGGGAAUGAACUAAAAUCCAGAGCACAUUCUAAAGUAGUCAUCAGUGAGCCCUUGACUAUUAUGGAAGUGCUGAAAAGUCAGCCAGGUGUUAAAAGGAAGCCAAUCAAAUAUCGAAAUGCUGAAAUUUUUGAAAUGUUAGUUGCCAGAGAAAAUGAACACACAAAGCCAGCAAGAAAUAAAAGCAUUGAGAGAUGGAGUUCAUGUCCCGAACUAGCCAGGGGAAAGACAAUGACCAGAGUAAUUGAGAAUUUUGACAAAAUAGGGAAAGAGUUAGAAAAAUUAGAUGUGCCCAUUGUCUUAAUGGUGCUAGUUAUCUUUGUGUACAUCUCCUGUGCAGCUGCUAUUCUUCCAAACUGGGAAACCAGGUUGGAUUUUCAGGAAGCCUUUUAUUUCUGCUUUAUCACAUUGACAACUAUUGGAUUUGGAGAUACACAACUGGAACAUCCCAAGUUUUUCUUGUUUUUCUCCCUCUAUAUUAUUAUUGGCAUGGAAAUUGUCUUCAUUGCUUUUAAGCUGGGCCAAGACCGCUUAAUUGGUUUGUAUAAAAAGGUGAUUUCAUUUUGUGGGGAGAAAAAGAUGCCAUUGAAGAAGGUAUAUCCAAAAUAAGAGUAGUGCUUUCUUCUUCAAUUGUAAGCAUUGGUCACUGCAAUGAGAUUAAACUGUUCCUGUGCAUUUCUACCUUGGGCUGUAAAAUAGCUGAAUACCUCAGGAGACACUUGGUGAAUGCAUCUCCAGGGCGGACUUUCCAACAGGUCCCAUCUUCUAAAUAAGUAAGAAGAAAAACAUGAAGAAAAAGCAGAAGGCUCUCCCUGCCAGUGUUCCUUAGCAUCUUUUCCAAAGCUCUGACUUUCAGCAGCCUUUCUAGCCUCUCUCCCAUAGCAAGCCAAUUUAGAAAUUUUUUUUCAGCACUUGUUCAAUCAAGGCUCAUCCUGCCACCUUGUCUGCAGCCAGGGACAGCUUGGUUGUGGCUGUCGGUACUGAACUGUGACAGCAUGCUACUUCAAUAUGACCCAUCAUCAGAGAGAGUUGAGGAGAAAAAGUAUGAACCCAGCUGCUCUUCGGUCAUGACUGAAUGUAUUGCAAAUCUUGCACUUUUGUGCAGGCAAGAGAAAUUUUAAAAUGAAAAGAAGGACCCCAAGUUUUCACCUCUUUCUCUGUCCGCUGUCCAGAAAUCAGUCGUAAAAUAGUUCAUCUGUUCAGGGGUGAAACCACUCCUUUUCCAUCAUGAUUGAUCAUACCUGAACUCAGCCCAGAGUCGAUAUGUAUCUCACGGUGUCCGCCUAUAGAAGUGCUUAUGGCAAGUUCUGCUCUUAAGAUGCCCACCCGGGAGAAGGCACGGAGCAAACCUGAGGUGACUACAGCCGUGGAACUAAGCUCCAUCUCUUUGCAGUUAAAGAAGCCUGAUGGUCUGGGGACACCAAUCCCAGAAGUCCUCACUCCUAAUUCAGGUUUUACUCUUCCCAGACUGCUUGACUUCUGGGAUUUCCUUGACACACUUGUGGAAAGAAAAACCUACACCUGCUUCACUGGGAUGUGGUGAGGAUCCUGUAGUCAUAUACUUAUGGAGCAUAUUAAUAUGUGAAUAAUACUGUUUCUUUAAGAUUUUUCUUAUAUUAUUCAUAAUCUGAAUUGAGCUAUCAAUGAUAGAUUUUUUCUGUAAAAAAAUAAAAAUACACACUCUAUAGAAGAAACCACUGACUUUAAUCACCUCUUAACUUGUAAAUUACAUGCCUGCCCACUGAAUGUGAAUGACCCAUCUAAAUAUUAAAGCAUGCUUGAUUAUGACAGAAUGUACAUUAUUGUCCAUAGCAAAUUUGCCAUCUGAAGCUGAGAUUUUCAGAAUAUUUACAUGACAUCUUACCUCUGUUACACUCUAUGUACAUGGUAAUAUGUAUUCAGUCCCUAUUAAUAAUUAGUUGCCAUUAAUCACUGAUCAUAUGCAAAAUGUGUCAUUAAUGAUGGUAUAUAG